CUGGUUUCAGAGAAGAUGGCAGAGGAAGCAGACAUCUUGGGACAGGACUCUGAUGGGGACAGUGAGGAGGUGGUCCUGACCCCUGCCGAGCUCAUUGACCGGCUGGAGCAGGCGUGGAUGAAUGAAAAGUUUGCCCCUGAGCUUCUGGAAAACAAGUCUGAAAUCGUAGAAUGUGUCAUGGAGCAGCUGGAGCACAUGGAAGAAAAUCUCAAGAGGGCCAAGAAGGGGGACCUGAAGGUCAGCAUCCAUCAGAUGGAGAUGGAGCGGAUCCGCUUCGUCCUGAGCAGCUAUCUGCGCUGUCGGCUCAUGAAGAUAGAGAAGUUUUUCCCUCACAUCCUUGAAAAAGAAAAGACCCGCCGAGAGGAGGAGCCUUCCAUCCUUUCUCCAGAGGAGUUUGUCUUUGCCAAAGAGUUCCUGGCUAACACCGAGACCUAUCUGAAGGACGCAGCCUUAAAGCACAUGCCUCCCAAUCUACAGAAGGUGGAUCUCUUGAGGACAGUUCCCAAACCAGACCUAGACGCAUACGUGUUUCUUAGAGUGAAAGAGCGACAAGAGAACAUCCUGGUGGAACCAGAAACGGACGAGCAGAGGGACUACGUGAUCGACCUGGAGGAGGGCUCACAGCACUUGAUCCGAUACAGAACCAUCGCACCCCUGGUCGCUUCUGGGGCCGUACAGCUAAUUUAAAACCGGAAGUAACCGAGAAAUGGGGCCAUGGGACCUCAGAGGACACAUUUUUGGAAACCCUGCAUGCCACCCCGUGCCGAGGGCAGCAGCGAUCUCGGCGGUGCCGCGGAUCCCUGGAGCGUGGAGAUCUGCUCGGAGCAGAUCUUACUUGUCCUCAGCUCUGCCGCUCCAGCCAGAAUCAGCAGAUGAUACCACGGCCGUGCUGGGCCAGCUGCCAGAAUCACUGAAACGCCCUUGGUGGUGGUGUUUGAACUGAGGAAAGUGAGGCCAGGGCAGUUCAUAGAAAGCCAUCACUGUCUGUGAUGAGAGGACCCGUGGGCCCAACCUGACUGCAGCACGAGCUUGUGCUCAGCCUUCCUGGUAGGAGGAGUGUAAAUAGCUUCAACCGCCUGACCCUUUAUAGCAGUCACCGACUCGUGUAAACUCACCUCCUGGAACCUCUCCUCUUGGACAUAGAGCUAACCUGUGUCACACUUAGCUGAGCCUCACAAACCAACCAAUAAACUAUUAUUAGGUCUGGGUUUCAUGGCAGAAGGAGCUGUGGGCCGUUCCCAGCGUGUGGUCUGAUGAGGUUCGUCCUCCCCGCCGCCUCGGCAGGCCAGCCUGCAGGCCAUCUGCCGGCCUGGACCUAGUCAGAGCAGCAGCCGCAGCUCCUGUGACCAGCGUUUGGUUUCUCCAGGGAAAUGGACGGGAUGAAACUCAGUGAGUGGGCAGUGUCACCCAGGGAGGGAUGUAGAGACAGCAGAUGAAUUGUCUUCCCUUGAAACGGGAUGCAGAGGAACUGGGUUCCAGCCUUCCUUGCUCCCCGAGAAGGCAGGUCUCCAUCUGCGUGAUGUAGCCUCAUAGAGGAACCGGCGCAGUGUUGCUGACCAUUUCCAGGAGAGGACAUUCAGUGGAAGCGGGGGAGAGUGUUUUUAUUCAUUAGUAAAAGCAUUUUAUGUCUCGUGCAGUGCUUCAUCUUCGCCAGAGCAUUCUCAGCCUCCUCAGCCAUUCCCGAGCAAGCGUUCAGUGAGCAGAAUGUGCCGGGUACAGUCCAGUGCACUGGGGUUCCACCCAGAACGAGGGGGUCACUGGCUCUGCUCAGGUGGGAGCAGCGCCUCAUGGAGAAUCAGAAUAGGGGCUCACCAGCAUGCUUAGAUGGGGUGCUCUGAGGGGCUCUCACUAAUUUCAGCUAAUCUUACUCAGUUAGGCUGAGGUGUGAAUAACAAGAAGGGGCCAGAGACGCAGAGCUCAGAGGGAAGGGCUUUCCAGGCAGAGAAAAGGCAGCUUGUGCAAAGGCCCUGUGGCAGAAAUGAAUUCUGCCGCAGUCAGUGAGGCUCGAAGGCAGUGGGCACUGUGGAGAGGGUGCAGAUGAGGUCUGAGAGGCAGUCUGGGCCCAGGUCACUUCCCGCUUGGUGAGCAAGGACCCCCUGGUCCUCCAGCGUCCUGAGAAGCAGGCAGGGCUGCUAGAGCUGACUCUUUGUGACCCCAGGGACUGUAGCCUGCCAGGCUCCUCUGUCCACACAGAUUCUCCAGGCAAGAAUACUGGAGUGGGUUGCCAUGACCUCCUCCAGGGGUCCUUCCCCACCCAAGGAUUGAAGCACGUCUCCCCCAUUGCAGGCAGAUUCUUUACUGUCUGAGCCUCCAGGGAAGAGAUGGAAAAGAGAAGGUGAGCAUCUGGCAGUGGGUCUGCACCCAGGUCUCCUUCCUCGGGGUCGCCUGCGUGCUCCCGUCCCCCCGCUUCCGCUGCUGUGGAGAGGAGAGGCUGGAGCUGUGUCGCGUCACCCACUCCCUCCCGCGGGAGCCAGGCACGCAGGGGAGGGGUAUGGUGUGUGUUGCUCCACUUCCUAGGUCACCUCUUCAAAGGAAGAUUGGUUUAGAUGAGUCAUUUCAAAAUAAAGGGGAAGCUGAAUUUCAAAACCAA